CGUAACAGCAGGGGUCAUUCUCACUGCUACCAAUCCAGCAGUGAAGGAUCAGCAGCGUCCUUGAGAUCAAAAGAAAAUCGGAGAUUCCUCUCAAUAAGGAAAGACAUCUGGGAAAUGCCUGAUAGCUCGGAGAAACUCGGACCAGGAGCAUCGUUGGGUUGGUCUCCCGCUAUGCAAACUCCAGUGAAAAUGCCUAGAGGAAUGUGCUCUCUCUACGUGAUUCUUACCUCCGCUUAUCUCUUCCAGUUCUUCGUGCCCAUAUCUGCUUACAAACCCGUCGAGGAUAUCGCCCUCAACUGCAGUUCCUUCGGCAACUCCACUGCCACCCCUUACCGGCUGUGGAUCGGAGACCAUAACAACAUGAAACACUCCCCCAUAGAGCAGCAACCCGGUUCAUCGGUAAUAAGGACCGUCACCACAGUUAACGAAACCUUUCCCAUCCCUUACUCCACUGCACGUCUCUCUCAGUCGGAGUUCACCUACUCAUUGUCUAUCACCCGGGGGCCCAAACUCAUCCGUUUGCAAUUCCAUGUCUCAGAUGAUUACCUGAACUUCUCCAGAGCUGAUGCUUUGUUCUCGGUCAGAUGCAAUUAUUACACCUUGCUUCGUAACGUCAGUGCCUCUCUUAUGGCCAUUGGCUCUCCAAUCUUUUCCAAAGAAUUUUGUGUCUAUGUCCAAGAUGACAGCCUACUAUUGAACAUAACUCUCACGCCAAGUACCGAAUACAACCCAAAUGCUUAUGCUCUCAUCAGCGGGAUCCAAAUUGUCUCCAUGCCUCUCGAUCUGUAUUAUAGCACUUAUGCCAGACGUGAAGUUAAGUUUCUCGGCAACCAUAAUGGUAAUCCUUACAUGUUGACGAGUAUGGAUGCAAUGGAAGCAAUGCACCGCGUGAACAUAGGUGGGGCUAUUAUCUCGCCAGAUUCCGUCACCGACUUGUAUCGGAGCUGGAGCACCGAUGACUAUUACUUGACUGAGGACCUUAGCAGUGUCUUGCCUGUGAACUGGUCCAUCCCCCUUGUCUUCAAUCAGAUUCCUGAUUAUGCUGCCCCAGCGGAUCUUUACAGAACCGCAAGGUCCAUGGGAACCAACAGGAGCAUUACCACCUCAUAUAAAUUAACCUGGUCUUUCUUGGUCGAUUCCAACUUCCUUUACCUCGUCAGGUUACAUUUCUGUGAGUUUCAGAGAGAGAUAAGUAAAAUUGGCGAUCGUACCUUCGAGAUCUACAUAGCUUCCCUGGUAGCUGAACGGGCGGCGGAUGUUAUUGAGUGGACUGGAGGAAGAGGAAUUCCGAUUUACAAAGAUUAUGCCGUGGAUAUGCAUGCUCCUACGAGCAAGAAGAUUAACCUCACCGUCUCACUCCACGCAGGCCCAGAGCAGUAUUCCGUUUAUGCUGAUGCGCUUCUCAAUGGCGUAGAGGUUUUCAAGAUUAGCGAUUAUGAUCGCAAUCUGGCUGGGCCUAACCCAGCCCCCAUACGGGUUGAGGAUCCACUUCAGCCGCCGCAACUUCCGCCAUCUUCAGAAUCUGGUGGCAUCAGCAAGAAGGCGAUAGCUGCCAUUGCAGGCGGCAGUGUUGCUGGCGCUUUGGCGUUCAGUCUUCUGUGCUUCCUGACUUUCCGAAGAGGGAGCCAUAGCAAGGAUUCGACCUAUACUGACAAGACCACGCUCUGGCAGCUGUUGUGGCACCCUACGACCAAGUUGACCAAGACCCACGACUCAUCAAUGCCAGGGGAUUUGUGUCGCCGCUUCUCGCUGGCAGAGAUAAAGGCAGCCACAAAUGGCUUCCAUGAGAUCUUCAUCGUCGGGGCGGGAGGCUUCGGGAAUGUGUACAAGGGAUACAUGAAUGGCGGAUCCACUCCGGUGGCAAUCAAGCGGCUGAAUCCCGGAUCCCAGCAGGGUGCCCGAGAGUUCAAGACGGAGAUCGAGAUGCUGUCUCAGCUCCGCCAUGUCCACCUGGUUUCCCUGAUCGGGUACUGCAAUGACGGAGGGGAGAUGAUACUCGUGUACGACUACAUGUCCCAUGGGACCCUCCGGGACCAUCUGUACAACACAGAAAAUCCUCCCCUCUCAUGGAAGCAACGGCUAGAGAUCUGCCUCGGAGCAGCACAGGGGUUGCAGUAUCUCCACAUGGGUACGAAACACAUGAUCAUCCACCGUGACAUUAAGACGACCAACAUCUUGCUCGAUGAGAACUGGGUGGCUAAGGUUUCCGAUUUUGGUCUCUCUAAAAUGAGGACCUCCGACACGUCCCAUAUCAGCACCAUGGUGAAGGGCACUUUUGGGUAUCUAGACCCCGAGUACUUCAGAUUCCACCGGCUGACUGAGAAGUCGGAUGUGUACUCGUUUGGGGUCGUGCUUUUCGAGGUGCUAUGUGCUCGGCCACCUGUGAACACAAAUCUUGAGACUGAAGAGAUUGGCCUUGCGGGUUGGGCCCAGAGCUGCUACCAGAACGGGAGCCUUGACCAAAUCAUUGAUCACAAUCUGAAAGCUGAGAUCACACCAGAAUGGUUAGAGAAGUUUGCUGAGACAGCGAUGAGAUGCCUACGAGAUGAAGGGAUGAAACGACCAUCGAUGAAUGAUAUUGUGCGGAGCCUUGAGCUCACACUGCAGCUGCAGGAGGGUGGAGUACAGCAGGAGACAAUAGCACUAGAGCCAACAUCUGCAAUGGAUGGAAGGCUGCAGAGCGGGGAGGACAUUGAGUCAUUACCAGACAUGGAAAGCGAUGACGAGGUCUUGGAAUUAUAGCUAAUUUGAUAGGGGCGCAAUGCAGAUGAGAUUGAGUUUGUGCUCUUGAUUAUUCUGUAACAUAAAGUGACAUGAACUCCUAGUUAAGUCCUUGUGGCUUUUCUCAGUUAUUAAAUAAAAUUUCUCGCAAGACAAACAAGCGAACUUUUCGAAA